UUCCGUUCUCCACUCGGCCAGAGGACGGGACACGGUGAGGAGCUGCUGUGUCGCUCAUUCUACCCCCCUUUCCUGUCGUCACCCCCAUUGUCCUUGUUGUUCAGUUGCCUUUUCUAUUACUUUGUUUUCUCGGUUAGCUAGUUUCAGUCAUGUAUCGCUAUUUCGGGGAGCUGUUGAGCCGCUCUGCGGGCAGUGCCCUGGCCUCGGGGUGCGUUGACUCCGCUCUCCCGGCGUCCUCGUCCCUGAUGCGGGUCCGUCGCUAUGCCGACGCAGCAGACAAGCCCGACGACCCCAACUUCUUCAAGAUGGUCGAGGGCUUCUUCGACCGCGGCGUGAGCAUCGUGGAGGACAAGCUGGUGGAGGAUCUGAAGACCAGGGAGACCCCCGAGCAGAAGAGGAACCGUGUGCGGGGGAUCCUGCGCAUCAUCAAGCCCUGUAAUCACGUCCUGAGCGUGUCUUUCCCCAUCAGGAGGGAUAACGGAGAGUGGGAGGUGGUGGAGGGCUACCGCGCCCAGCACAGCCAGCACAGGACGCCCUGCAAAGGGGGUAUCCGUUACAGUACAGAUGUGUCCGUGGAUGAAGUCAAAGCCCUGGCCUCUCUGAUGACCUACAAGUGUGCUGUUGUCGAUGUGCCAUUUGGGGGAGCCAAAGCUGGAGUCAAGAUCAAUCCCAGGAAUUACACUGAUAAUGAGCUGGAGAAGAUUACCAGGAGAUUCACUAUUGAGCUGGCCAAGAAGGGUUUCAUUGGACCUGGCAUCGAUGUCCCGGCCCCAGACAUGAGCACAGGAGAGAGGGAAAUGUCCUGGAUCGCCGACACAUACGCCAACACUAUUGCACACACUGACAUCAACGCCCACGCGUGUGUGACAGGAAAGCCCAUCAGCCAGGGAGGAAUCCACGGACGCAUCUCUGCCACCGGUCGUGGAGUUUUCCACGGAAUUGAGAAUUUCAUCAAUGAGGCGUCCUACAUGAGCAUGCUGGGCCUGACACCUGGCUUCCAGGACAAGACCUUCGUCAUCCAGGGCUUUGGUAAUGUGGGUCUCCACUCUAUGAGGUACCUGCACAGGUUUGGGGCCAAGUGUGUGGGCAUUGGUGAGAUUGAUGGAGCCAUCUACAACCCAGAGGGCAUCGACCCCAAACAGCUGGAGGACUACAAACUGCAACACGGCACCAUUGUGGGCUUCCCGGGAGCCAAACCCUACGACGGAAACAUCUUGGAAGCAGACUGCCACAUCCUGAUCCCUGCCGCCGGAGAAAAGCAGCUCACACGUCACAAUGCCCCCAGGAUCAAGGCCAAGAUCAUUGCUGAGGGUGCCAACGGCCCCACCACCCCAGAUGCUGACAAGAUCUUCCUUGAGAACAACGUCAUGGUUAUUCCUGACAUGUACCUGAACGCCGGCGGUGUGACUGUGUCCUAUUUUGAGUGGCUGAAGAAUCUCAACCAUGUCAGCUACGGAAGACUGACCUUCAAAUAUGAGAGAGACUCAAACUACCACCUGCUCAUGUCUGUGCAAGAAAGUUUAGAGAGGAAGUUUGGAAAGCAGGGAGGACCCAUUCCUGUUGUUCCGACUGCUGACUUCCAGGCCAGAGUGGCGGGUGCCUCUGAGAAGGAUAUUGUUCACUCUGGGUUGGCCUACACCAUGGAGCGAUCUGCCAGGCAAAUCAUGCGCACAGCAAGCAAGUACAACCUGGGUCUGGACCUUCGGACCGCUGCCUACGUCAACGCCAUCGAGAAGGUCUUCAAAGUCUACAACGAGGCAGGGCUUACCUUCACAUAAACGGCCAAUGACGACCAACAUUUCCUCUACCCCUCUCCCCCACUCACCCUCCUGCUAUUGAUCGCCCUCUCCUGCCUUCUUCCAUCUUCUAAAACAGCCUUCAGAACAUAUCACUGUUUACCGCUGCUCUUUGGCUCUUCUACACACACACACACACACACACACACACACACACACAGCGAGACGUCAGCUAGCAUGAUAUUUAUCCUGUGAUCUCUGUGCUGCCAUUUAUGCUGUAUCUGUUUAAAUGUUGCCCUGUUCUUGUUUCUGCCUGAGGUUAUAUUAAGAAAAAACCAGGGAGAGCGUAACAUCCCGUCUCUCCCGUAGCCCUCAUGUAAACGUUCAUGAUAUUGUUGUAUGGCAGCCAUGUUCAGAUCGCCCAUUUCUGUGAUCGCUGUGACCCUCCUGCUGCGAUUGUUUCAGUUGACAGCACUACAGAUGCCUUAUUUCAGAAAGAGGUCUGCUCUAAAAUAGGGAGAUGGCCACUUAAAUUUAACUUUAAUAAAAGGGGUUUAGAUUUAACUUCAUGUGAAUAAAAGAAUAGAAAUUUUAUUACUCUUGGGUUUGUCCACACUCUUUAGGUUAUUAGUGAAGUUGCCAAGAUUUCCCAACAAGAUUUUUUUUUUUUCAUUGUUUUUACUGUUCAAGAUUCAAUAUACGCUCCUCCCCUUCUUUUUUCCUGCUUUCCCGUCACUUUAUCUCGUAUAUUAGAAGCUGCUUCUCUCCGACUCCUCCGCUGGCCAAGAAAGGGGAGCAGGGAGGGCGCGAGGUGCCACCGUGACCGCCCGUCCCCCUUAUGAAUUUUCCUCUGUUUUAAUCGUCCAGUUCGUCAACAUUGAAAUUAUUUUAGAGGAAAUUACUUUUUAUUUUUAUUUUAUUCAAUUUUUGGAAACCAAUAAAAUGUUCAGAAAAAGUGU